AGACCAACUUUAAGAUCACAGCAAAAAUGUUGUAAAACUCUUAGUAAAGCAGUAUUUAUAGCAUAGUUUCUUCAAAUGUUCGAAUGUUUGUACACAAGUGCACUAAAUUGGGUCAAUUGCUAUUGGCGACCCGGCUGGUAUAUAAAGCUUGCAGACAUAUUGAUCCCCGCAGUUCAGUAUGAUUGGAGCUCCGUUAACCUUGCAAAGUUUUAAUGGGAAGGGAGUGGCGGGCUUUAAAUUGAGAAGGCUUUGGAGCAAAGUGUUUGAAAACGGAUAAAACUCGCAUAAAACACUGAAGAAAUCACACUAUCAUUAAACAAAUUAAAGGUUACAACAGAGUACACAAUAUUUAACAUGUCGGAACCUUUUUCAACAUAUGUAUCCCUGAUACUUGAUCAACUGCUAAAUGAUCUUGGAUAUAGUGAACAACACAUACAAGAAAGAAUACAUGAUAUGGACAAAUCAUCCAUUGCACGCUCAUUAUCUGCACAAAAAAUACAGAAACGAGAUGACAUUGACAGGAUAUUCGUUGGAAGUCAAAGAGAAGGCAUUGGAUUUACCUUUGUUAGUGAUCUUGAUGUUAUACAGAUUUAUCACUUUGUUCAAUGCUUAGAAAAUAUUGAAGUAAAAGAUGAAAACAAGAUAGCCUUUUACAGAGAAACCCAAUCUUGCUCUCCCGGACACUAUUUGCUUCAGCUGGUACACAAAGGAUCAAACAAUAAAAACUUUCAAUUUCUGGAACAUGCUAUCAUUAAGAGAAAUGGUAGAAUAUACCUAUCAUCUGACUUAUUCAUGGAAGAAAAUGAUGACAUGUUUGCCAAGGCUGAAGGUCACAUAGGGCGAAAUACAGUUUACCUGGACAGAAAAGGACCAUCACUACCAAAAUUUGUUACUCAAAGCCAUAUUGAAAAGAUCCUUUUUAAAAUGAUGUCAAUGCCUGCUGACGCAGAUCACACAAUUGAUUAUGUACGUGGCUUUCCAUGCUCUGCAUAUAACCUGCUAAAAUCAUGGGAGAGCAGAAAAAGGGAACAUGAGUGGCCCUCUUUAGCAAUUAUCAAACAUGUUCCAUCCUUGCCCUGCUUUCUAGUUCCAGUAGGGCAGAAAAGAACCAAAAAUCAAGACAUACAAUGGCGUGUUUGUUUCACAUUGGGAGAACUCACCUUAGUUAGAUCUUUCAAUAAUACACAUACUAAGACUUAUGUUGUCUUGAAACAAAUAGGAAAACAGAUUCUCAAGCCUAUUAGUCAGCAGAUUACAUCAUUUGUGAUGAAAAACAUUGUGCUAUGGGAAGCAGAAAAAAGACCACUGGAACAAUUCAAGCCAAAGUUUCUUUGCACAAGAAUCAAAGAUGCUCUUCUAUUCUUAAAGACAUGCAUACAGGAAAACAGACUUCCUUACUAUAUGCUACCAGACAGGAACUUGCUACCCAUUAAAUUUUCAAAAAAAGAUCAAGGCCACCUCAUCACACAGAUUGACAUGUUGCUUGAAAAAGGGGAAGAAAAUUUUAUGGAAAAUCUACAACUACUAGACGAAGGAAGGGCUCCAGAGAAUAUAACAAAUCUCAAAAAGAAGCUGACAUUGGGACAUGUGUACACACGGUUGCAAAUAUGCAAAUAUAGUGUUUUUACCACACAACAACUUACAAACUACUUUGUACAAAUGUUCAACUUGAAGAACUCUGCAUUUGCCUUUCUGUACAAUUUUUGCCCAAUGAGCAUUCCAACCUUUUGGAAAUAUGGAAAGCAAAAAAAAGACAAUUGUAACACUGUCAAGUUUGGAUCAAACCUCCAUUUACGGUAUACAAACACAACUCAACUCAAAACAAAUGGCAUUGACAACCAAGAAAUAAUCGAAGAGAAAACUCCAACCAUGGUCAGGUCUGAGAGCAGUGAAGACAGUGGCAUUAAGAGAGACAUGGACAACUCCAAUGAUGAAAUAAUAACAGAAGCUUAUGAACCACAAUACUGUACAACUAAACAGCAUGAAGACCAAAACACAGAUGCAAGCAACUGUCUUCAUGAUCAAAGCCAGAGAAAACCUUUAUGGUCACCAAAAAGGAAGAAGACAAUGAAAGGAAAAAGUCAAAGGAGGCCAAGAAAAUUACCAAAAGACAGUAAAAACAAGGCUGUUCUGCAAGGCAAUAGUGACACUUGCUGUGAGCCUCAGAACCAGGAAAGCAGCAUAUACAGUUUACUGUAUGACCUUCUGAUGGCACUAUUUCAUAUUCUAUCCGUUGUUUAUACAUUUCAUCUUCAUAACACAAACAUUCUUAUAAUCUUCAGCAACCCUACAAAGAAUAAGUCAUUUGUUUUCCUUGUUAUGUGGCUGUGCACAAUUGUGACUGAGACCUUGAACACUGUCUGUACAUACUGGUAUGGAGAACCACUCUCUGAAACUAUAGGCACAUCAAACAAAAGUAAGCAGACAUUGCCGUUAAGACACAUGAGGAGAGGAAGAAAAGGCAGGCACCAUUAGCUUCAUCAGAACACCACAAUGAUGUCAUCAAUGAUUAUGCUAUUGACUGCUUUAAGUGAUUCUGUAUUUUUCUGUUAAGAACCAUAGAUAAAUUGUUGUAUUUUACACAAUUUGACAUUUUGUACAUGUAUGUGUAAAAGAUUACAAAGCUGUUUAGUGUGCCAUAUUUCCAUUGCAAAGAAGAAUAAAAUUUGGAGCUUGUGUAUGCCAACCAACAUUACGAAAUUAAUUCUGAAAAAAAUACACAAUUUUUUUAAUUUUUACCUCAUUUCACACUUUGAAGCUACAUUGUUCUAUUAAAGUCAUAACAAACAUUCUGUUUUAAAACAGUGACAAGUAAAAAUCUAAGUCAUAAGGAUGAUCAUAAUGUCAUAUACAGUUGGUCCAAUGUAACAUUUCUAAUACCAAUGUCGAAUACAUCUAAAUUAAAUGUACCCAUCUU